GGGACUGCAGUGUGAUGUAUUCGCUCUCCAGCUGAUCAGCACUCCCUCUGCUUUGCAUUGACAGCUCCCCGCCUCUUUACAACAGUGUAAUAUCUUUACGCAGAGCAGACUAAGCACUGGCAGCUCUCUCCUGGAUAUCUUCUUGUAUUGAUGUUCACUGGAACACCUUGACUAAGGAGUGGAGCAAAAUGAACCCACAGUGUGCCCAAUGCGGCAGAGUGGUGUAUCCCACGGAGAAAGUCAACUGCUUGGAUAAGUUUUGGCAUAAAGGAUGUUUCCAUUGUGAAGUAUGCAAAAUGACUCUUAAUAUGAAUAACUACAAAGGAUAUGACAAGAAGCCUUACUGUAAUGCACACUACCCAAAACAGUCCUUCACUACAGUGGCAGAUACUCCUGAAAACCUACGACUGAAGCAACAAAGUGAACUACAAAGUCAGGUAAAAUAUAAGAAGGAUUUUGAAGACAGCAAAGGAAGAGGCUUUAGUAUUGUGACUGAUACACCUGAAUUGCAAAGACUGAAAAAGACACAGGAGCAAAUCAGUAAUAUCAAGUAUCAUGAAGAUUUUGAGAAGACUAAAGGUAGAGGUUUUACCCCAGUUGCUGAUGAUCCUGUGACAGAGCGCGUCCGAAAAAAUACACAGAUUGUCAGUGAUGCGGCCUAUAAAGGUGUUCACCCUCAUGUGGUGGAAAUGGAUCGUAGACAAGGGGUCAUUGUAGCCCCUGGUACUUAUCAAAAUGCUCAACCCCAAGACCAUGGAUACAUGAAUCAGACAUCAAUGAGAUCAAUGCUGUCGCCACAUGCACAGCCGACUUCACCACGUACGUCACAGUCACCGAGUACGAGAACAUACAGGGCUAUGUAUGACUACAGUGCACAAGACGAAGAUGAAGUUUCUUUCAGGGAUGGUGAUUAUAUAAUUAAUGCACAACCAAUUGAUGAAGGCUGGAUGUAUGGUACUGUGCAGAGAACCGGAAAAGCUGGAAUGCUCCCAGCUAAUUACAUUGAGCUCGUUAACUGACAGAAUCUAUUUUCUUCCUUUAUUGCGCAUUAAGCACUCUGCAUUUUUGUGAGGGUCAUGAGGAUCGUGAAUUGUUUAUUGACAAUUAUUGUUUUAAAAGUUGCGAAAUCAAGUUUAAGGUUACAUACUUAUUUUUAAGUAUUAGUAUAAAAACAGCAGUGAACAAACACUUGAUGUGCUUGUUACAAAAUCUGGAAAAAAGGUCUUUUUUAAGAAAAAAAAAAUCUGAAUGUGAUUUUGAAAUGGAAUUGUAGAUUAUUUCUUCGCGCCUCUUAUAUGCCAUGAUCAAUUUCAUUUUUAAACAGCCAAAAAUGUUCUCAGAGGGCUUAUAGUUAUCGACAAUCUUUAUUGAUUUUUGGUAGCAAAAUAAUAAUAUAUUCUGAAUUCUAUUCUUUUAUCUCUGCUAGUAAUAUAUACCCCGCUGUAUCUCUAUAUUAUUAUUAAUGUUGCAUUAUUAUUAUUAGGGAAUCAGGGAAAUGUGUAAUAUUUUUCUAAAGCUAUUUAGAUGGGAAAAAAAAUAAUAUAAAUAAUGCUUAAUAUAAAAUAGAAGCAAUUGUGUAAAAUAUUUCUUUUGAUGAAAUAAUCUUUUGAUUAAAAUAACAAGCACAAUAUAUUUUACCAUGACCACCAAAGUGUGAAGGGACAUUAAAGUCAUUUUUUAUAUCUGCAUAGUAUAUUUAAACAAUAAGGAACCCCAUUGCAGAACAUCUGUAUACAAAAGUGUUUCAAAACACAUUGAAAACUGUAAUUGUAUAGCUGGAACACUCUUGGUUAUAUCUGAUAUGCUCAUUUAGUGAAAGAUUUAACUGGGCAACUACAUUGGUCAUUCACUAUAUAGCAAGAAGGGCUGAAGCCUCACUGGGGGUUUUGGGAACAAAUACUUCAUAUUAAUUAAACAUUUUUUGAGGAAUCAUAUUUUGAGUUUAAUGUCCCUUUAAACAUUUUUCAUUUAAAUUACCUAAUUGCUGUUUUUAACUUUAUUUGCGUGUGAAAUUUAUAGUACUACUAAUUUUAUAGAAUGAUAAAUAUUGCAAUUGAUAAUCAUUAUUUUGUUAUAUUAUGUGCACACUAAAAAGUACAUUUUGACAGAAA